AUGGCAGGAUACAAGCUCAAACUGGAUAAUACAUCCAAGCCAUUGCUGAAGAAUAAGACACAGAAAGUAACGAAAGGGAAACACACAUCUAAGAAAAACACAGCUUCGGUUACUUCCGCAACAUCUUUGUCAUCUGCAAAGUCACAUGCAAAGGCCAAAGCAAACAAGAGUAAGCUAGGCAGGUUGAAUGCAGAUAUCAAUGGAUUUGACGAGAUAAGGGGUCUUGUAGUGCAAGAACCAAUGACAAAGAUUACAAAAGAUAAACUAAAAACAUUAGAUUCGAUAAAGGAUGAUUAUAUUAAAGAUGAGGAAAAGAAAAAAAUCACCAAAUUGGCAAAUGAAGAAAUGGAAAAACAGUUGGAGGUAUUGACUGGAAUUGGUCUUUGA